AUGGUCAACAUCAGCGAAGUCAAGGGCACUUCGCGCGAAAACAGAACCGCGGCGCAUACACAUAUCAAAGGCUUAGGCCUACGACCCGACGGCACUGCUGAGACCUCUGGAAAUGGAUUCGUCGGUCAGGUUGCUGCCCGCGAGGCGUGCGGCGUGGUUGUCGACCUCAUCAAAGCGAAAAAGAUGUCCGGCAGGGCGGUUCUAUUGGCAGGAGGGCCAGGAACGGGCAAAACCGCAUUAGCUUUGGCGGUGUCGCAAGAACUAGGGACCAAGGUGCCUUUCUGUCCCAUCGUGGGCAGCGAAGUGUACUCGACCGAAGUCAAGAAGACGGAAGCGUUGAUGGAAAAUUUCAGAAGGGCAAUAGGACUUCGAGUACGCGAAACAAAAGAAGUCUACGAAGGCGAAGUGACAGAACUCAUCCCCGAAGAAUCAGAGAAUCCCCUCGGCGGCUUCGGUCGCACCAUUUCCCAUCUUGUCAUCACACUCAAGUCCGCCAAAGGCACGAAGAAACUCAGACUCGACCCUAGCAUCUACGAAGCGAUCCAAAAAGAAAGAGUCAUGGUUGGCGAUGUCGUCUACAUCGAAGCAAACACAGGCGCGUGCAAGAGAGUCGGACGAUCGGACGCCUACGCUACAGAGUUCGACCUGGAGGCGGAAGAAUACGUCCCUGUGCCGAAGGGAGAAGUGCAUAAAAAGAAGGAGGUCGUACAGGACGUGACGCUGCACGAUCUGGACAUCGCCAACGCCAGACCUCAAGGCGGCCAAGAUGUAAUGAGCAUGAUGGGCCAGCUGAUGAAGCCCAAGAAGACGGAGAUCACAGACAAGUUGAGAGCAGAGAUCAACAAGGUCGUCAGCAGAUAUAUCGACCAGGGCGUGGCCGAAUUGGUGCCCGGCGUGCUGUUCAUCGAUGAGGUACACAUGCUCGACAUCGAAUGCUUCACUUACCUCAAUCGCGCUCUCGAAUCGCCCAUCUCGCCCAUCGUCAUUCUAGCUUCGAAUAGAGGAAACACCGUCAUUCGCGGCACACAAGACAUCAGAGGUGCACAUGGCGUGCCCCCCGAUCUUCUGGCUCGUCUGCUCAUCAUUCCGACACACCCCUACAACGCCUCCGAAGUCCAAACCAUCAUUCGUCUCCGCGCAAAGACGGAAGGCCUGUCCAUCUCCGACGCGGCUAUUGAAACACUUUCCCAGCAUGGCACCAACGUGUCAUUACGGUACGCAUUGCAGCUGUUGACGCCCAGCAGCAUACUCGCCAAAGUCAAUGGGAGACAGGAGAUCGCUCCCGAAGAUGUCGCCGAGUGUCAGGAUCUCUUCAUCGACGCCAAACGAAGCGCCCAAAUCGUGGAGGCUUCGAACGGGUCGUUUAUCAGCUGA